ACUCACACAGGAGAGAAACCAUACAAAUGCAUGGACUGUGGACAGAGGUUCAGACAGAAAGGGAACCUGAGGCGGCAUCAAAGAACUCACACAGGGGAAAAACCAUAUGAAUGUAUGGAGUGUGGAAAGGGCUUCAGUGACAGUGGGUCACUUACUAUCCAUCAAAGAAUUCACACAGGGGAGAAACCCCAUAAAUGUGUGGAGUGUGGAAAGAGUUUUGGUGGUAGUAGGUCACUUACCAUCCAUCAAAGAAGUCACACAGGAGAGAAGCCUUAUCAAUGCACAGUGUGUGAAAAGAGCUUCUGUUCAAGUGGAAGCCUUAAUUUGCAUCUAAGAGGUCAUAGAGGGGAGAAACCAUAUAAAUGCCUGGAGUGUGGAAAGCAUUUCAUUCUGAGUUCAGAUCUCAUUAAACAUCAAGGAACUCACACAGGAGAGGCAUCAUAUAAGUGCAUGGAGUGUGGAAGGACUUUCAGUCAGAAAGGGCACCUUAGGCGGCAUCAAAGUACUCACACCGGAGAGAAGCCCUAUAAAUGCAUGGUGUGUGGAAAGAGUUUCAGUCUGAACUCAAAUCUUAUGAGACAUCAAGGAACUCAUAUAGGAGAGGAACGAUAUAAAUGCAUGGAAUGUGGAAAGAGAUUCAGUCAAAAAGGGAAUCUAAAGCGGCAUCAACGAACCCACACGGGAGAGAAACCGUACGAGUGCAUGGAGUGUGGAAAGAAUUUCACUGAUAAAGGGCAUCUUAAACAGCAUCAAAGAAUUCACACAGGAGAGAAACCCUAUGAAUGCAUGGAGUGUGGAAAGAGAUUUAAUCAAAAAGGAAACCUUUGGCAGCAUCAAAAAAACCACACUGGGGAGAAACUAGAAAAAUAUGGGGACGUGGUUUGGAAGGUUGAAAGAGUACCAGUGAAAACUGAUUACCAAAUAUGUUAGACUUGGGAAGAACCAUAUAAAUCCUAGAAACAUAUUUGCUUCCAUCUUUGUCCUCCACUAAUAAUCCACAUGAGAGAAAAUGUACUACUACAUAGUUUGUAGGAAGAGGUUCGGUGAAAGCAGAAAACAUUUUGAGUUUUAACAGGCUUCAGCAAUCCUUUCUAUGGUAAACUGUAAUCAGCAAUGCUAAUUUUGAACUCCCCUUUUUUGUUCGAUCUGUACACAGAACAUAUAAUAUGA